AUGAUUUCAUCUGUCAAUUAUGUUCCACUUUUACAAAAUCCUCCUCUGAAUUUAUGCAUUCUCGUUGGCUGUGAUUCACCGCUGACAUUCGACGACACUCCCGACUGCCAAUAUCCACCUAAUUUAGAUACGGCUAUCAAAAAAUUACGUCUCGCAGGAUAUUUAUGGCAAGCGUACACAGCUUCUCAAAUAUUUUCAAAUGGAUUUGGUCACCGAACAUUUCGUCUUGAUGAAUCGUACCAACGUGACACACUCAGUGGUGAAGAUCAGUCUCAAAGACAGACAGCAAUGAUUCAUGUUCUAAAAAGUAAAUAUACAACUGCUCAAAUUCGACAUCCAAGUCGGGCACAACAGAAUUUGAAUGGUAAAAACAAGAACAUUCUAUUCGAUAUUGCAUUAGAAGCUAUUCGUUCUGAAUUUCAAGAAGAAAGAAAUUAUGUCGCAGUUCUACUCUUAGACUCACAUUAUGAAGAUAAUCUGAUUACAGGCCAUGCAACACUAGGUUCGGGGAGCAUCGAUGCACAAUAUUCGGUAGGAAUCUUUGGUUCUCACAAUCUUUUUUCCUGGCCAGCAACUUUGGAAGAUGUCAUUCCAUGUUUUACGAAUGAAAGGGAUGUUGACACGAAACAUUGUGGUAUUGAUGCAGAAGGUGAUAAAUAUUGGAUUGCAUGUAAUGUUGGUCUUGGAGCGGUGCUGCACGAAAUAGGACAUGCACUCGGUUGUCCAUAUGAACAGAACGGUGUGAUGAUGAGAGAUUACAUUCGUUUGAAUCGAUCGUUUUGCGUCGUUGAACCACCUGGUCCACCAGCUCUCGAUGGAUAUGGUAUUCUACUGAAAUCAACGAACGGCAUUUUGGCUAUUGAAUUUUAUCUUGAACACGAUAAAGUUGCAAAAUCAUGGAUAGAUUAUCUUGAAAAUCCACCUGCCGAAGUUAUUCUAUGGAAGGAAGAAUUACGAAGUCGAGUUAACGGAGAAGUUCAUUCGGGUUUGGCUUUGGAUGGUCUAGAAUUCUUCACUAAAGAACACUCAGUUCUCUUUGGAAAGAGAGGUGGAUCACCACACGACUUUCCUAUGGAGAAUGGCGAGUUUAUUCAAGGUUUCGGUGUUCAAAGUGGUGUGUGGAUCGAUGCUGUACAGAUUAUUACCAAUAAAAAACGUAGUGAAUGGUUUGGUGAUAUUGCUGGUGGAAGUGAAUAUAAGCUAACAAUUCCUGAUCACGGUGAUUAUCGAUUACGCGCAGUUGCGAUUCAUUUUGGCGCAAUUGCGCGUAACUGCGAAAUUUUACCGCAGUUGCGCGCAAUUGCGUCGCAAUUUUUCGCAAUUACGGGUCACAGUGCGAUCGCAGUUGCGCCGCAACUGCGUCGCAAUCUGACCGCAAUAGCAAACAUGGGCUGGGUCUUGUCUUUAGAAUUGUAUUCGAGAUCAUCUAUCAGUCUAUGGCGGAUUUAA